GAUCUAUCCCCAUUAUCUUGCAAUGAGCUUCUUAAUUUCUCAUGAGCAGAAAAGUAUGAAAAAUUCAGAGAGAAUCGGAGUAAGGCAAUACAACAAAUCUCAACUUCCACGUUUGCGGUGGACGCCGGAGCUUCAUGAACUCUUUGUUCAAGCAGUUGAAAGCCUUGGUGGAAAACAGAAAGCAACUCCAAAGCGCAUUCUGCAGACGAUGAGUAUUAAAGAACUCAAGAUUUCUCACAUCAAAAGCCAUCUUCAGAUGUAUAGAAGCAUGAGGGAUGGUAGCAACAUGAGUACUAUACUCAUGCAAAUGAAGAAUUUUCGUCCAAAAAGAGCACAUUUUAAAGACAGCUCCUUCUCCGUUCACCCUCCUCAUGAGAGGGAGGAUUUUGGACGUGAAGAUGGCGAUGGGCUUCCACGACCAAUAUUAGAAGAAACUUAUAAGCAUCAGAACACAAGCACAUGCUGGCUUAGUAGGACCUCCGAUGAAGAAGAAGAAGACACAAAUGAAGUUCAUGAGCUCUCACUAUCCUCUGCACGUCCAAUGGUGCAUAGUGUAGAGAGAGAGUUGUGGCCUUCAGUUGACGAUGAUGUUCCUGAGUCAUGUUCCUUUGAUGAAUUCGUAAACAUUCCCAAUUUCCACUCUCCUGGGACCAAUAACAUAAACUUGGACCUAACCAUAUGAAUUCGAUCUCUACAAGGAUUAAA